CUAGUCCUAAGCUUGUGGCUUGUUUAUUGUUGUCAUAGCAACUCCAUAGCAACUGCCAUUAGUUAGUUAAAGAUACUUACCAAGAUGGCCGUCAGCUUCAAAGUUCCUGGAAGUUUGACGUCACAAGAGAACCAUGUACAGAGUAGAAUAGAAUAAAAUCUUUACUGUAGAAAACAAUGAAGCAUUUAACAAUAUAUUCCCCAGAUAAAAACAAUGUUUCACUUAAAAAUACAUAGUCACUUAUAUUUGACUAAUUCCUUGUUUAAAAGUUAAAAACAAAAAUAGACAAGGUCAAGCUGACCUCUCAGCAGCCAUCAGACAUAUGGCUAUGUCUGAUGGGUAAAAACAGUAAAAACAGAUGGGUAAACAGUAAGCUCACUUAAUUAUUCAAAGUAAACAGUUUCUAUGUAAGAUUGCAUCAAACACAUUACAUUUACGGACAGUCUGAGGCGUGAUGCAUCUGUUGUGCAGACCAAUAGUCUCAUCAGCUGUGUGUCGCUGGUCUCAGCCGAUGGACGAGUCAGAUGUGGCGAUCUUGUGCUGCAGUAGUCACACAUAGCUGACGAGGAUGAGCUCGACUUGCAGUGGUGCCAGUCUAUUGGAAACAAAUCUCUUAAAAUGCCUAUGGUCCAAUAAUGGACACUGAGCCAUGCAGCUACUGCUCUGCUGGACAUCCCUGCAUCCAACAUCCCAAUGGCUCCUGCAUAACUUGCGACAUCUGAGGUUUUAUGACUUGUGAGAAAUUUUGACAUUUUGGGGCCUUUUAUUGUCCCCAGUCCAAGGAUUGUCCAGCUGUUGCUCAUUUUGUCUGUUCACCCUCUGGACAGGCCCCAAACAUGCACUGAGUAAAAAAACAACUCACUGAGUAAGGCUCACUGUCAGCAAGUUGGAUUAAAAAUUACACAUAAAUCAAGAGAAAUACUACUUUUGUACAAUAAAAUGCUCAUUUACAGUUGCUAACUGCACAUGGCAACAAUAUUUGACAUGGGGCGUUUAUAUUUUUGUUCAGUGUAGUUACCACCCAACUCUGAUUAAUAUAUUCUGUAAGUCCACUACAGAAUAUGUUGAGGUUCCCCCCACCGGGGCAUGAAUCACCCGCCAUACCUCCCCUCCCCCUGCUCCAUGCAGGGACAGCCUCCCGUGUUUUCCUCCAGAGGCUGAGCCGCACUGUAUGCGUCUGGUCAUGGAAUUACCAUUCAGAAAGCAACGCGCUUGUGCCUGAGGACAACUGGAAAUCCGCCAUUGUUCUCUCUCUCCAUCGUCAGGCUGAUCGGAGCGGAGGAAGAUGGGCUGCUGCUCCGGAAGAUGCAUGCUGGUCCUGCUGUGCUGCGUGCAGCUGAUAACCGCGGUGGAGCGGCAGGUGUUCGACUUCCUGGGCUACCAGUGGGCUCCCAUCAUGGUCAACUUCUUCCACAUCAUCGUGGUCAUCCUGGGACUUUUCGGGGCCAUCCAGUACCAGUCACGCUACGUCACCAUGUACCUGCUGUGGAUGUUUGUGUGGAUUGGCUGGAACGUCUUUGUGAUUUGUCUCUACCUGGAUUUGGGAGGCCUUUCGAAGCAGGACAGCCACGUCCUCUCCCUGGGAGUUUCCUCACAUUCCUCCUGGUGGAAGAGCAACGGGCCGGGAUGUCGGAGUCAGAACCAGGCCUCUGACAGGUGGAGCGAGCACCAGAACCCCCGGCUAACCAUGGUGUCGAGCUGCUGGCUGCAGUACCAGUACCUGGAGGUUCUGCACUGCGCCGCCCAGCUCCUUCUGUCCCUCCUGGGAGUCGUUUAUUCCUGUUAUGCUGUCAGCAGAUUUCCAGAGGAGGAGAGCUAUUAUAAAUGACUGUAAGGAACAUCUGUUCAAAGAUGCUGAAAAGAAUCCAGGCAGAAGAGGACCUUUAAGACCCAAUCAUCAUCUUCAUCAUCUUAAGUUUGGUUGUGAAACCUUUGAUCAAGGCAGGGACUUAAAAUGUGUCCAGGACAUAAUCUUCCAGUUUAAGAAUCAGAUUGGGUCCUAAUCUGCGUGUCUUCUCGACUGUAAAACAUUUAAGAUGAUCUUGAUGAAAGCUUCUGUUUAAAUGUAAUCUCCGAUUUUCCUAAUAUUGAGUGUACUGCAUGUUUGUUACCACUAGGUGGCGCAUAGAGGUUUCUUCAGCUCUAAUGGGUAAAAUGAAGAAGAUGAAUCACUUCUCUAAAAACAUUUCAUAGAAAAAAGACGGUUGAGCAAAGUGCAGCAUUUUUUUAUUGGACAUUUCAACAUUUAAUUUGUUGUUAUGAAAAAUCUGCAUAAAAAAUAUGUGAUUAACAGUAAAGUAAUAAUAAAAUUAAACAUUUUUGGCUUCUGUUUCCAUAUACUGUGGCUAACUUGUAGAGAAUGAGCUGUAAAAAAUAUUAUAUGAAUUGAUAAAAGUUGUAUCUAGCGUAUGACCGGUCCAAAAAAGUUCCAAUAGAAUAAAGUGAAAUAAUGUCUCUACAAUGUAUUUGAAUUCUGUACUUGACAUGUGGGUUAGAUUUUGGAGGGAGUGUUUUAAAUGUAUUGCUCCAUUUUUGUUUAGUUCACUAAACGAACUGAUUGGGGAAAAGUACUGUGAUUAUGUUUAAUGGACUUUUCAUUGUUUCUUCUUGCUGAUUUUGUUCUUUUAAUUGUUUUCUGAACCUCAAGACCUCAAGCAAGUGAAAGCAGCCAACAUGGAGUAAAUGGUUUUUAUUUUGAGUUAUUUGUUGCUUAAGAUAUUACAUUUUGCACUGGCAACUUAAAUAUGAUUCAAUUGCACAUUAAAUCACAAACUGAUCAUGGUCU